AUGGCAAUUGUGUGGCUUUGGUCGAGCCAAUAUCCAUUGGCAAUGCUACCGUUUGGCGUUUAUUCCGUCUUCCAUGUUGCAACAUACAUUAGAACUAACUUGAUUCCGAUUUUUCAAACGCCCUCUCAAGUCGACGGAACAUCGUCUUCCAAAACUGCCACGAAACCCAGUGCAACCGCUGAUACUAUAGGCCGCUUUGUUAAAGAAUAUUACGAUUCUUCCAUGGGUUUGGUUGCCUCUCUUGAAAUUGCGCUCUGGAGUCGCAUAUUUCUAUCUGCAAUCUUUUUCAGCAAAGGUUCCUGGGCUUUGCUUAUCAUUUACACGGUUUUCCUACGUGCACGUUAUGCGCAGAGCAGCUUUGUUCAAGAUCAAUUCAGAAAUCUAGAAGCACGUAUAGAUAGCCUAGUCGGCGCUCAGUCCACGCCAGUGACUGCUCGACAAGCCUGGGAUACCAUCAAGAGUGGUCUAAAAACAUUUCAUGAUACGACUGACGUAAUCAGGAGCGCUGGUAGGGCACCCACACAGAAAAAAGCGUCUUAG